UUUAUAACCUAGCUCCCAACUAGGAGCAGUAUAUAAGAGAAACAAAAUCAGCUACGUCAGUCAAUUGAGCUUUGGUCCUGCAAAAUUUUCAAGGUUUCCAGUAAACAGUAUCUACUCGAGAAACUGAUAAUCAUAGAGAGUUUUAUGCUGCUGUUAUGGCCCUAGCAAGCUCAGCAAUGAUGCAGAUUCACUCACCACUCCUCCAAACUCACCAAGUGGGCAUUCGAAACAAGCAAAGGGUCAUUCUAUGCAAUCAGAUGGGUAUCCAGUACAAACUUGGAGAAGUUGGGUUUCAUUGCAGAGGCGUAUUAAGCCUGCAAAAAGGGGAUAAAAAUGGAAGCUUUGUGGUGAGAGCAGAGUCUGGAACGGUGUCUGCUGAUGCCCCUGGGCCAACAUCAAUUGCUAAAAAUGACAAGAAUAACUGUAACAACAAGAGGGCCAGGCCAGGAGAUGAAAACAUCAGGCAAGAAGCAGCCAGGUUGCAUGGAAAUGGAACUAGCCAUGAGUUUUCUGCCAAGUAUGUGCCCUUCUGUCCAGGUACUAAGACAGAUGAAGAGUAUUCAUUGGACGAAAUAGUGUACAGGAGCCGAUCUGGAUGCCUUCUGGACGUCCAACACAACAUGGAUGCUCUCAAGAGGUACGACGGCAAAUAUUGGAGAAAUCUCUUUGAUUCUAGGGUAGGAAAGACCACCUGGCCUUACGGGUCUGGUGUGUGGAGUAAGAAAGAGUGGGUCUUGCCUGAGAUUGAUAAUGAUCACAUUGUUAGUGCGUUUGAGGGGAAUUCCAAUCUGUUUUGGGCAGAGAGGUAUGGGAAAGAGAUAUUGGGUAUGAACGAUCUGUGGGUGAAACACUGCGGGAUUAGCCAUACAGGGAGUUUUAAGGAUUUGGGGAUGACGGUGCUUGUCAGCCAGGUCAAUAGGCUUAGGAAGAUGAACAGGCCUCUUAUGGGUGUGGGAUGUGCUUCCACUGGGGACACGUCAGCUGCCCUGUCAGCUUACUGUGCUGCCGCUGGGAUCCCUGCUAUUGUUUUCCUGCCUGCAAACAAGAUUUCAAUCGCGCAAUUGGUUCAGCCUAUUGCCAAUGGUGCAUUGGUGCUUAGUUUGGAUACUGAUUUUGAUGGGUGUAUGAGGUUGAUUAGAGAGGUGACGGCUGAGCUGCCAAUCUAUUUGGCUAAUUCUUUGAAUAGCCUGCGGUUGGAAGGGCAGAAAACUGCUGCUAUCGAAAUCUUGCAGCAGUUUGAUUGGGAAGUGCCCGACUGGGUCAUCGUACCUGGUGGCAAUUUGGGGAAUAUCUAUGCUUUUUACAAGGGAUUUCAGAUGUGUAAAGAAUUGGGCUUGGUAGAUAGGGUUCCUCGACUGGUUUGUGCACAAGCUGCCAAUGCCAACCCCCUAUAUUUGCACUAUAAGUCAGGAUGGAAGGACUUUAAGGCUAUGAAGGCUAGUGCGACGUUUGCAUCUGCAAUCCAGAUUGGUGAUCCUGUGUCAAUCGACCGAGCAGUUUUUGCACUCCAGAGUUGUGAUGGAAUAGUUGAGGAGGCUACGGAGGAGGAGUUGAUGGAUGCCGCUGCUCAGGCAGAUCUGAAGGGCAUGUUUAUAUGCCCCCAUACCGGAGUUGCUUUAGCGGCAUUAGUGAAACUCAGAAGUAAAGGUGUUAUUGGGCUCAAUGAUAGAACUGUAGUUGUCAGCACUGCUCAUGGGCUAAAGUUUACACAGUCAAAGAUUGAUUAUCACUCUCACAAGAUUCCAGACAUGAAGUGCCAAUAUGCAAAUCCCCCUUUGCAAGUAAAAGCAGAUUUUGGUUCUGUAAUGGAUGUUUUGAAGAAGAAACUAGCUCCACUUUGAGUUAUGGUGCUAGUUAUGGGGUCAUGCUUUUAAAUUUUUCACAGGUUCAAAUACUGGUAGGCUUUUUCAAAUUUUGGUAGCUUUUUUGUUUGCUUCAAUCACUUCUUUUUGGAUUUGCGUUUUUCAUUAUGAUAGCAGCAUAAUGAGGAAAGCUAUCCAUUUUUCUGAUAAUCAAGAGCCAUGUGAGGUUGCAUCUUUCUUGAAUUAUCAGAAUAUGAAUUUUAGACAUCGAAUCUUUGUGUCUUCCUAAGCCUGAGUCAUGUUGAAGGGAGAUGUUUGUGCUGGAAAGAAAAUAGUUUGGCCAUAAUUGUAGGAAUAUUUUCUCCAGAGUAAUUUACAUUUAGGUUUUAAGAGUUAUGUUGCAAUACAGUUUUGACUUUAAUGGUUCAAUUAUGUUAUGGUGAAAGUAGUUCUAUUGCUUCUUGAAUCUGUAACAAAUUGUUACAUUUUCAGUUUGAACUGCCAUUUAGAAACAAUGUUGUAAUUGUGAAACUUCAUUUUGACCAGAGGUUAAGAGCAAUGAAGCAUAUUAGCACUGCUAUUAAGAGUUGUAAAUUUUAUAUUAUAUUUACUAAAAUAUAUAUUCAUCUCAUGGGUAUGCAGCACCUAAAUUUAUGUCA